AUGGGCCGAUUCUGCAUCACGGGGUCCUCAGAUGGCCUCGGCGCCCGCACCGCCAACAAACUAAUCUCGCAGGGGCACACUGUCAUCCUCCACGCCCGCAACGCUCAACGUGCCGAAGAUGCACGCAAGGCUUGUCCCGGCGCAGAAACAGUGCUGAUUGCCGAUUUAUCGUCCAUUGAAGAGACCAAGCAGCUUGCCAAAGAAGCAUCGGAAUUGGGGCCGUACGAGGCCGUCAUCCACAACGCAGGCGUCUACACGGGCAUGGAAAAGGUCCCUGGAAAGUCUGGGCUGCCGACACUGUUCACUGUCAACACACUUGCCCCUUACAUCCUCACUGCUCUCAUGGGACCCGGCGCGCAAAAGAGGCUGGUUUUUGUCAGCAGCGAGCUUCACGCCGGCGGUAGGCCCCGGCUGGGCGACUCCGAGGACAUCAAGAAGAGCGGGUACGGCGACAGCAAGCUUCACAAUGUCAUCUUGGCAAAGGCGUUUGCCAGGGUUUGGCAGACAAAAGCGUAUAGCGUUCACCCGGGCUGGGUUCCUACAAAGAUGGGGGGCGCGAACGCGACGGGUGAUAUGCAACUGGCGGUCGACACGUUUGUCUGGGUGGCCACUGGCGGUCAGACGGAUGGGAAAGGGGAGAAUGAGGACGAGAGGUGGACCCCAGGCGGGUAUUUCACCGCGUUGAGGGAGGAGGAACCGUCCAAGACUGCCAAUGACCAGUCGGUGCAAGACGGGCUGCUUGCGGCGCUGGAGACGAUCUCGGGGGUGAAAGUGAGCGUAUAG